CCUUGCAUCAUUCCAUGCUGUAUACAGUCAAGCCUAAGGUGUAACGGACGUAAUUUUAAAGUUCAAGAAAUUCUCAUAAGAAAUUUGUAAGCAUGACCGACAACAAAAAUGAUAAGACAAAAGUCGAUCUCGGAUUGCUCGAGGAAGACGAUGAGUUUGAAGAAUUUCCCGCGGAAGAUUGGACCGCAAAGGAUGAAGACAGUGAUGAUAUCAGUGUCUGGGAGGACAAUUGGGACGAUGAUGACGUUGAAGAUGACUUCAAUCAACAACUGAGAGCACAAUUAGAGAAGCAGAAGGCUAUAAAUGAUGUACCCAAGAAAAAUUAAUUAAUUUGUAAUGUACGAUUAAUC